AUGAAAGCAUUGCUUUUUCUAUCGAGCUUAACAUCACCUGCAGAUUCCGAUAACAGAAUAAAAUUACGAUCAAAACUGGACACUAGCUGUGACACCGCGUUGCACGAUUUGAACACGAAAUAUCUCAGAGGGAUGAAUCUAAAGCGUGCUUCACAAAUGUUACAGUCAAACAACUCUUAUUCAGACAUGACUUCCGUUGAUAAAAUUGCCAAAUCAAACGUGGAACAGAACAGAUUUCCAGAGCAACGAAGCUGGUUUCAACGACCACCUACACCACGCUGGAAUUGUGCCGCCUGGCGCCUUGCACGCAUUUGUGAAUUUCGAUUCUAUAAACGUCAAGACUGUGGCACAUUAGGUCCCAGGGAGCGAUGGCGUGUCCGAGUGUUCACGCAGUACCAAUCAACCCUAUUCAGAAGGCAGUCACAUCUAGUGUCCACCACAUGCAGUUCUCGUGGAAGGCAAGGCCAAAAGUUUAGCACAUUAUUAAUUAACAAUUUACAAGUUAGCUUACAAAUUGACACUGCUUCCGACAUAACAAUCAUUUCCUAUUCAACUUGGAAAAGCAUGGGAAAACCGAAAUGUUGCUCGGAACGCUUCUGGCAAGCCACUGGCCUUUGUGUGACAGCUAAACU